GCUACGACCGAGUGGGCCCUCUACCGUGAGGCAGGCACAGGUGGCGCCACUGUCGCUUGCGGCGAGGCUUGCAAGUCGUGCUACAAGAGCGUCAUCGCCGUCGCCCCUGGCCAGUCGUUCCGCGACACGGUAGACGCCGCUGAGAGUGACGAGAACUUGGACGAGCGCUUGCCCGAGUGUGACAAGACAGUGAGCUCUGGCAGACAGGGCUUCACGCCGAGCGACGUUCACGAGAACACUACCACCCGCUUGGUCGUCAAGCGCCCCGUCGUGGUCACCCCAGCGUCCGACGUGAGGUCGAAGCUGCAAGUGGAGCGCAUCCCCAGGAAGAUCAGCGAGCAGACCGCCGCGGCGUCGAUGCCGCACGAGUCUGGGAAGGGCGAGGAGCAGCUGCACGUCUUCAAGGGCGACGGUCAGGACGACCAGUCGUUGCCGCGGACCGCCGAGCUUCAGGUCAUCCGCGAGUGGAAAAUGCAGGGGAGAGUGCUGUGCGCAGACAACCAGCUCUUCGCCGCCCAGGGCGCGGACAUGCUUGCUCAAUGCUCCGCAGCUGCAUUUCAGCAACAUGGUCUUCAGUCGCUUCUGAGCAAGGCGUCCAGCGACGCGUUGCCGACCUUGGCAGCCUUUUUGUCCUCCGCCACCGCCGCUCCUCCGCAGCAGAAGCCCGAGUCGUUCCUAUCUCCUAGCAAGAGGCCUCGCAUGCUCGGGGACGCUGCCUUCAGCCCAGUCUCUUCGGGCAGGCGCCGCAUCAGGAACAAGACGAGGUCGGGGUCGGAUGCCAACGCGUCGGGGGCCCCUUCGGAGUCCUUCGGCCCGGGGGGCCCGCGCGCCGCCAGCGUGGCCGCCACGACCGCGUUCGAGGACCAGGACGACGGCACCACGGGACAAGAUCUCCUCGCCAAGUGGAAGAAGAAAAUCCCUUUGGGUGACGUCAUGGCCGACGCGGUGGACGGGAGGACCAUCGCCGCCUUGACCAAGAAGAUCGGCCGUCUCCACUCGUCGCCCUCGGGCCAGGCCGACGGGGCCAUCUUGACCACCUUCUCCGACGAGGUCGCCACCGCCAAGAAGCUGCAGCCCGCCAACAUCGUCGGGUACGACUGGGUGCAGAUUCAGAAGUACGUGAAGACCAUGGUUGAUGCACGUGCCGUGAUCCCAAGCGGCACGAGGUUCGCCUUGGUGACGGCGAGGUUGGCAAGCUUCGACCCUCGGUCCAACGUGUCCUUCUUCAUCCGUGUCAUGACGCCUUUUUCGGACCCCGUGCCCGAGUUCGACCCGACGGACCCCGUCUUAGUUGCAGCGGUCACUGACGAAGACGAGCGCGCGAGUGCAUUCACCGAUGCAGUCUUGAAGAAGUCGCUCUGUCCUGCGAUUGGCAAGGGGCAGGCGCAGGCCGCGUACGUGCGCAGGAUCAUCGACGCACUGGGCGACGAGUUCAAGGGCAUCGACUUGCUUGAUGUUGGGGCCGACCCCGCUGGGAUUAUCACGGACAUCAAGGAUAUCAAGCUCUUUUGGAACACCGCGAUGAGCGACGAACAUUGCCUUCACCUGGCCGAUGACGCAUUCGACGCGGUCAAGCGCUUCUCAAGGGCGACGACGUCCUCAGGCACAUCAGCGUUGCACCUCGUGGCGGCGAUCACGAAGAGGACCGCCUUCUGGUACUCCACCUUUGAGGCGCUCCUGGACAAGAUGCCCUUCAUGCGCGAGAAUUUGGGGGCCUUCCGCAGCGCCCUGAGCGACCUCGAGACGGCCGAGGCCGUGGAUGGCGAGUCCGACCAGGCGAAGAUCGACGUCAGCCAGCUGCGCGAGUUGUGCACGAAGAGCGUGACUUGGAAGAUCGGCUUCCCGCAUGGCCUCACCGACGGGUUCGAGUCGAAGCUGAAGGGUAUCAUCUGUUGCGUGUGCCUCGGCUUGCAGUCGGAAGCGAGCGCGGCGGCGCUGGCGCCAGAGAGGGUCAAGGCCGUGUCAGCCUUGGCGCAGGAGGCGCCCCUCACGUUCGCAUUGGACACGGACAUCAGCACGGCGAGCACCCACGUGGCGAACUUCUUGGGCGUGAUGGAGUCCCAGAGCAGCCAGUCGUCUCUCAUGACAACGUGCAAGGCCUUGUUCGACUCGGACGAUCCCGAGGACGCGCGCUCCAGUGGCUUCACGACCGACUGCUUCGAGCAUAUUCAGGCUCUGCUGAAGGUGUGCCAGAACUACCGCGCGGGCCCGCUGAAGAAGGCUGGCAACAAGGAUUGGCCUUUCAUCGAGGGAACGGUGGAAGGCCUAGUCGUUGAGUUGGCCACCAACAGCGACUCCGACCGCGAGAGUGACAUCCUGAAGUGCUUGACGCAGUUCCACAAGGUUGUUGGGAUCAAGGAUCCCGUCACUACGACUACCGUCGAGAUCUUCAAGACCAGCUUCGAGUUGCGCGACAUGUUGGCAAACGUGCAGGCCUUCUGCAGACAGGAUGACUUCUCGACAAAGAUUGGCUGGGCAGAGCACGCGCAAGGGCUCGGUUCGCUGACGGCGAAGGUGCACUCGCACUUCUCGGAUGCUUCCGCGACGCCUCCUGGACUGCCCGAUGCCUUCAAGGCGACCGUGCUGAAGUGGGCCUCGGAUGCCGAUGCCUUGAUCGACAAGGGCGGCCGCGUGAAGCUCCUGCGGUGCGAGGACUUGCUCACAAAGGCCGUGGUGGAGCUCAAGAAGACGAUGCACGGGGCGACGGACGGGAACCCAUGGUCAAUUGGUCUGUUGCCGAAUGCCGACAUCAAGGCUAUCAUUGCCCACAUGAAAGCGAAGACGCAGACCACGUCGUUCAAAGCGUUGCCCCAUCAGCUUGAGGCCACGGACGCAGCGAUCAAUGACUACAAGACGGCGGCCUCGUUCAUGAGCCAGGACCCUAAGAUCCCACUCGUCGAUGAGGCGACCAAGUGUGUAUUCAGGGCCCGCACUGCAGUCACGGAGAACCUUGUGUGCAUGCAGGUGGACGUGAACUCGGGCCACCCCGAGCGCAUGCGCCAGGCCGUCGUCGACGAGCCCCGCGCCUUCCGCACGCACGGCGGCAACUCCAAGGACAUGCGCGCGACCUUGGCCAACGCCCUGCGCGUUGUCGCGGCCAAUCGCGCGUAG